CCGAUUACGAGAUUUUGAGACGCAUACCAUCAUGCAUAAUCGCCCAUUCCCCGCUCCAUCCUCUUCAUCAGCUGACUCAGAACCAGCCUCUUUCGAGGAAGUUGUUCGUGAUGCGGGUUGGCGUGAUGCUAUGCGCACUGAAAUCCGUGCUCUUGAAGAAAACUGCACAUGGACAAUGCAGCCUCUUCCACCUGGAAAAAGGGCGUUGGGCUGCCGUUGGGUUUAUAAAAUAAAAUACAACUCUGACGGCAGCAUUGAAUGCCUUAAAGCUCGUUUGGUUAUCUUUGGCGACUGCCAAAUUGAGGGGCUUGAUUACAAUGAAACUUUCGCUCCUGUGGCCAAAAUGGUCAUAGUUCGUGCUUUCUUGGCUGUUGCGGCAUCUAAAAAUUGGGAACUCUAUCAAAUGGAUGUCCAUAAUGCAUUCUUACAUGGUGAUUUGGCUGAAGAGGUUUACAUGCAGGUUCCGUCAGGAUAUGCUGCUUCUAAUCCCUCUCCCGUGUCGUCUACAUAAGUCUCUUUAUGGAUUAAAGCAAGCACCCCGUUGUUCGUUUCCGAAUCUCGUUGGUGCUCUUAAAGGCUAUGAUUUCUUCAGUCAUAUGUUGAUUAUUCUCUAUUCACACGCACUAGGGGAUUUUCUCAGCUUAAUGUCAUAGUUUAUGUUGAUGAUCUGGUUAUCUCUGGCAAUGACCAUGAGGCUAUCGUUCAAUUUAAGACUUAUCUCGGUAAUUGUUUUCACAUGAAAGAUCUAGGCUCCCUUCGAUAUUUUUUAGGGAUCGAAGUUGCUCGCAGUCCCUCGGGUCUCUUUCCUACACGGCGUAAAUAUACUAUGGAUAUUCUUUCUGAGACAGGUCUUCUUGGUGCUAAGCCUGUUGAUUCCCCUAUUGAGCAAAAGUCAUUCUCUAGCUAAAUUCCACGGGCCUCCUCUGACUGAUUCGGAGCCUUAUCGGUGUCUGCUUGGGCGUCUUAUUUAGCUUGCUGUCACUCGUCCUGAUUUGACAUAUUCUGUUCAUAUUUUGUCUCAGUUUAUGCAGGCUCCCUGUCAGGCCCACUGGGAUGCUGCGCUACGAGUGGUUCGCUAUCUGAAGGGUUCUCCUGGACAAGGUAUUCUUCUUCGGGCCGAUAGUGAACUCUCUCUUACUGGUUGGUGUAACUCUGAUUGGGAUGCAUGCCCACUUACUCGUCGCUCUUUAUCUGGGUGGCUAGUUUUUCUUGGACAUUCUCCAAUUUCCUGGAAGACCAAAAAGCAAUCUACUGUUUCUCACUCUUCCGCUGAAGCAGAAUAUCGGGCUAUGGCUCCUGCCACCUGUGAACUUAAAUGUCUCAAGACUUUGCUCCUCAGUCUUGGAAUUAAUCGUGACAAAGCUAUUCCGUUGUUCUGUGACAGUCAGUCUGCCUUGCAUAUUGCUAGGAAUCCAGUGUUUCAUGAACGUAGUAAACAUAUUGAGGUGGAUUGUCAUUUUACUCGAGAUGCUGUCAAAUCCGAGCUCAUUGCCCCUAGUUAUGUUCCUACGACGGUUCAACUUGCCGACAUUUUUACUAAAGCACUUGGAAGACUCAGUUCCACUUCCUUUUGCACAAGUUGGGCAUUCUGGAUCACGACGCUCCAACUUGAGGGGGUAUUAUGGGAAAGGAAAGCAUUCUAUCUUUGAUAAGUAAUACUCUGUAUAUUAUUUUAGGAAUAGAUUUAAUAUCUUUCCAUUUAGACUAGUCAACUUAAUUAGUCCUAUAUAUUUCAUUUGUACCUUUUGAGAUCGAUAGAAUAAGAUAUACUCCAUACAAACUUUUCAGUGCAUAUGUCUUUGCCGUUUAUCAUUUUGACUCUGUUUUGAACGAUUUGACACUGUUUGAUAUGUAUUUGUUUAUCAAAUAAGUCAAUUAAAUAAGUGAGACUUUAAUUUAGGGGAGUGGGUAUUAGGUAGUAGCUAGUAACUUACCAAACAAAUUUAUAAUCCCUUUCGCCGUGAUUUUACCCCUUUUUCGUAUUACCGUACUUUUAUGUUUAUGUUUUAGUACACAAUAGCCUUUUAAUUACGAAAGUUAACCUCUAAAUCAAGAUCUAUAAUUCUAAUAUAGCAUGCACAAACCGUCAAAAAUGUCUCAGCUUUUUGCUGAAGAACAGAUUCAGCAGAAAUAUAUUCUCCUAGCCUUCAUGUUAUAUUUAUCUUUUGGAAAGAAAAAAAAAAAGAAAAAAAAAACUUCCCAGAAAGGGUGGAUGGCGACAAAGUAUUGAUGGCCGGCCGUCUUUACAUAUACGGAGUACUCCGUAUACGCAAGUGUGAUGAUUAAACGGAGCACUAUAUAUACUACAGUACAACACCGCUAGUGAUAGAUAGAAUAUGGAACCUUAGCUAAGCUUAGCUUUGCUUCACGUGCAGUCUGAUCUCUUAGCUUCUUUAUAAGGAUGCCAUUAUAUUUGUGCCACAGAUAAAUUUUUUAGUCAACAAAGAUGUGCUGUGUGCUUGUACUUGAUACAGUAUCAUCUCAGGCAUCUGGACACACUAUAGCUCUUGUACUAUCUAUAAAUAUACCUGCUUCUUUAAACCCUAUCCGCAUGCCAAUUUGUACUGCGGCAUCUAUAUCCAUGACAUUGGUCAAAUUUUAAAGGAUGGAAUGAAAAACAGGAUACUUCCUCUCUCCCAAUAUUAACUCUUUAAGAAAAGUAAGAAAUGUGUGGUCUAAAAUUUUGCAGAGGAGAGAGAAAAUGAAAGAAUGUUGUGAGCUGUACCACACAUUCUUUGCUAAAAGGGGAAUGCGAAGUAUAUAUUGGGACGGAUAAAAAAGAAAAGAAUGAAGAUAAUAUUAGGAGUUGGGACAGAGGGAGUAGUACGUAGUAAAAAUUAAAAGAUUUUGAUUAAAAUCAUAGAGGAGUAGGCCAAGAAUAUGAGAUGCUUUGUUAGAAUUUUAAUAAAACUCAAAUCAUGCAAAUAAGGGACAUAUUAUUAAAAGUGAACAAUUGUAGUACUCCCUCAGUUUCAUUUAAAUCCUUACACUUUCCUUUUUGGGACGUUCCAUUUACUCCUUUAUGUUUCCUUUUUUGGCAACUUAUUUUACAUGAUUUGCCAUAACUACCCUUCACACCACCCACUCACAUUUACAUUUAAUUAGAUAAAAUUAAUUACACACCCACUACCCAACCGCCACUCUCGUAUACUCCGGACUAAUCUCCAAAACUCAUACGAACAGUUGAGUCUCCAAUAAUAAUCUUCUCUCUAUAUGUUCAUCUUCUCUUACAAAUUUAUUCAAUUGGUCUCUUCAGUUAUCCCUAAUUAUCGACUCUUGGACUUCGUUCGCCUAAUCAAGAAAAGUCUAUAGUUGAUCCCAAUUCAGAUAUGGAUCUCAAAGAUCUCGAACAGGCCAUUGUUGGAAACUCAUUUGUAACGCCUAUGAGACAUCCUUUUAAUCAAUUUUGUUUAUGUUCAGGGUGAUACCCUCUACCGAACGCCUAUG